AUGACUGCAAUGAUGGCUGAUGGACAAGUUACAAAGGUUGAUUCUAUAAGAGUGCAGAGUGAGAAUGAUCUUUUUGGGUACGAUAGUUACACGUACUUAACUUGGGAUGAUUUUGAAGCAGUUCUUACAAUGGAUGAGCUGACAGGUGCUGUUAUUGUGUCUUAUAUGAUGGUGUUGUUUAACAAAUUGAAGUAUGGCUCCCCAGAAAGAGACCAUGGAAUUUGCUUUGUGAACCCGGCAGUAAUCUCACCAAGUACGCGUAAAGGGAAAUCUAAGAAUGUUGACGAUGCAAGCAGAGGUUUAGCAGAUCGAUUGUCUAAAAGAAAGGGCAAUGACAUCAUCUUUAUGCCCUACAAUCCUGGAAGACAUUGGGUAUUGGGUGUACUAGACAUGAAAUCGGAUACUUGCUAUUAUCUUGAUUCCUUGAGCUCUGGCAAUUUCAAUAUGCAGUUGAAGCAAAUUGUUGAUUCGGCAAUGGUUUUGUACACUACACAAAGUGGAUCCAACAAAAGGGUUAAACUAAAUUGGGUUAAUGUUACGUGUCCAGUUCAGCCCGGAUCUACCGAAUGUGGCUACUACAUGCUAAGGUUCAUGAAGGAGAUAGUGGAAGAAGGAAUUGAAGUGUUGGUCAAAGACAAUAUCGGGGAUGGCAAAGCUGAGUACACAACUGCUGAUAUCGAUGAGAUACGUGAAGAAUGGUCAACGUUUGUUACAGGCUUCAUUUAUCGAUGA